CUGCUCCUCAGCUGAUCGGAAGUAAAAAUUGUUUUUCCAAAAAAAUAUCAGUGAGGAAAAAAGGACAUGGCAGAGGCCAUAGCCGACACGCGAAGGCUAUUCACUAAGCCUCAAAACUUAAACGAUGCUUACGGACCGCCGAGUAAUUUUUUAGAGAUUGACGUGGGCAACCCACAGACGGUCGGCGUGGGCAGGGGCAGAUAUACUACGUAUGAAAUCAAGUUGAAGACCAACCUUCCCAUUUUCAAGCUGAAGGAGUCCUGUGUAAGGAGGAGGUACAGUGACUUCGAGUGGCUCAGGAGUGAACUGGAGAGGGAGAGCAAGGUUGUCGUCCCCCCUCUGCCGGGCAAGGCUUUCUUUCGGCAGCUUCCAUUUCGCGGAGACGACGGGAUAUUCGACGACUCCUUCAUCGAGGAGCGGAGGCAGGGCCUCGAGCUGUUUCUGAAUAAAGUGGCAGGACACCCCCUGGCCCAAAAUGAGCGCUGCCUUCACAUGUUCUUACAAGAGGAGACUCUUGACAAAAGCUACACCCCUUCCAAAGUCAGACAAGCUUGAAUGCGGUGCCCAGGCAGAUGUCGCAACCCCUGAUUUUGUCACCCCAAGUUCAGCUCCACAGGUUAAUUUUAAGCUUCUGCCAAAAGUUUUUACUUGAUCAUCUAUUUUUUUUUUAAUCACUUUUGCUUUAUUAACAACAUUUGAUUCCCCCCCCCCCAAUCUUUGGAUUUGGAGAAAACCCUACAACUAUUAAUAGCAAUUAACAUUGUUCUUAUCUUUGUUUUUGAUUAGUUGGUGAGGUGUCUGUAACAUGUGUUUCUGAAUCUGUCCAUUACAUAAAAUCAUGCCAACUAAUUAUAUAAAAAUUAAGAUUAAGCAGAAUGCAAUAUGGUAUGAAAACCCAAAUGCACAGUUAAUAAUCUUGCAUCUGACUUCUCAAAUGUGUAAAAGUUGCCCAGAACUUCCUUAAAGCUUGAAUCUAUUUUGUUAUCACAGUAAAGGGGAAUAGCAUUUAUACCAUGUACAUUUACAGUUUGUAUACUGCUACGCUGUUUUGUUUACUUAAAUUUCCAAUAAAAUAGUCAAAUACA